UUGAUCUUUAUCCUAUUUUCUCUCAGUUUCUGAUUCAGGCCAAGGUUUAAGACACAGUGUUCUCAAGAGAGGCUAAAUUCAGACUGGUUUUGUCAACUUUAGAUUUAACCUCCUGUAAACGACACAUUUCCUGAAACAAGAUUUUUUUUUUUUUUAAAUGUGGACAGUCACAGACGAAAGAGGGCAGAGGGAAGAGAGAGAGAUAGAGAGAGAAAGAGAGAGAUAGAGAGAGAGAGAACACAGGAAGGAAAUUUCAAACUGUAGAAGAAUAACCUCAGCUUCCUCACAGGUCAUGCAAGUAGACAGAGGGAAAGGUUUGAGUUGCUAGUCCAGCAGUUAAGUGAUCUCUCAUAAUGAAUGUCCUGCAUGUUUUGUUCUUCGGCUUCAUAUCAGCUGAACUGUGUGGACUCAAUGCAGCAGUGGAACCUUUUACAGGAGUCGAAGGACGAGGCAUUACAGUGAGAUGUCACUUUUCAUUGUGCACAGGAAAGGUGGUCUUCUGUAAAACAACAUGCGAAAGAGAUGAAAACGUUCUCAUUGAAACAACAACCGACACUGUUCACAAAGGCAGAUACAGUAUCGAACACCAAGGAACAAGUCAGUCGUGUGCUGUUUUUAUAACCAUCAAACAGCUUAUCCGGUCUGAUGCAGGACGGUACACGUGUUAUAUGAGCAAUUGGUUUGCAAGCAAUCAGCAGGAGAUUGAUCUUACUGUCAAAGCUGCUCCAACCACCACCGCAUCUACUGGCUCUGUGUCGCCUGAAUCUCUUGGUGAAAGCACCACACAGGCUGCAGAUUACUUCCUGCCGCUAGUUUUAAGUGUCUCCUUGGUGGUCCUCUUAGCGGCUGUUCUGCUUCUCAUCUACAAAAAAAAGACACGGAGGAACGUUGAUGGUUUGAACACAGGAGUAAACUUGGAGGACCAAAACGGGAAGGUUGGAUCUUAUGAAGACUGUUCAGUCCCCAGACAUGAAGACUCCCUCUACCAGAGCCUCAGUCCAGCCAGCAGAGACCAGGACCAGAUCUACUGUACAAUCACAAAGCACAUAUGACAUUAGUUACAUAUUUAUUUCAUCAUAAAAAACUGCUAGAUUUAUAUUCUGCCAAAUCUACGUUAACGUCUUAAAGUCUAUGUUUUGUAGUCAGACAGCAGGAAAUGCAGGAAGACUGUCAAGUAAAAAAAACACCUGAAGAUUGUUUCUCUAUUACAUAUUAUCAAUGGUUUUUGCAUGGUUUGUAGACUUUACAGACUUGUCAAAGGCAUUCGACACAGUCGACCAUGUCAUCCUGGCAGAUAGACUCCACAAUAUCGGCAUAUCUAAGCAGGCUGUAAACUGGUUCUCUAAUUAUUUAUCAGAUAGAACACAAUGUGUCCAGGCCGCUGGGUCUUUUUCCUCUUUCUUCCCUGUUCUAAAGGUUCCGUAUUAGGGCCACUGUUGUUCACAAUUUAUGUGAAUAAUCUUUGUGAUAAUUUGUCUGAUGCCGUGUCCCAUUUUUAUGCUGAUGAUACAGAAAUUUAUUGUUCAUCUUCUUUAACAUUAAAAUCCCUUGAGUUCCUGCAGUCACUUCUAGUGUUGAAUGCAGAUAAAUCAAAGACCAUGCUAUUUUCAAAUGGCAACCAACUUCCAUCUCACUUUCCUAGGUUGUCAACUAUUAAUGGGGUUGAACUUCAAAUGGUCACAUCUUAUAAAUACCUAGGUAUUCUGAUUGAUGAGAAUCUUUCCUUUAAAUUGCACUUUGAUGAACUGGUUUCUACGCAGAAACUGAAACUGGGCUUCUUUUUUUAGAAAUAAAGCUUGUUUUUAAUGGCACGUCACAAUACAUUUGAUCACAACAUUUUGCUGGACUAUGGAGACUUCCUUAUAUGCACUCACACGUCGUCCAUCUUUGCUCGUAGACUCUCUCAUUGGCUGAUUUUUAUUUAUAAGUCUAUUCUUGGGCUUCUGCCUACAUAUUUGUGUCUUUACAUGUGUAGAAAUCUCAGCCAAUGUGGCCUACGCUCUCAGGACAUCAUACAAAUGCAGGUCCCAAGAGUCAGAACUGAUCUGGGCAAAAAGGCUUUUAAAUUUUCUGCCCCAUCCACCUGUAAUGAUGUGCAGAAGGACCUGAAAUUGACACAUCUUGUAUCUCUGGGGGAAUUUAAUACAAUUGUAAAAGACAGGGAAAUACGUUCAAUUGGAUCCUGUGACUGCAUUGUGUAACCAUGUAAUCCCUCUCUUGUUUUUAUGUCGUGUGUGUCUGUAUUUUAUUUGUGUUUUAUGUGUUUUGCUGAAAUCGUUCUUUUUUCUCUGAUGCUGUCUUGGCCAGGUCACUCUUGAAAAAGAGGUUUUAAUCUCAAUGAGUUUUUUUUUUACCUGUUUAAAUAAAGGAUAUAAAUAGUUGCCA